AUGGAUUACCACCACACCUGCAAGAGUACAGACUGCCAGGUGGGAGAGUGGGAAGAGUGGACCCCAUGCGACAACUUGUGCGGCUAUGGGACCCGCAAGCGACAGCGUGACGUCACCCAGUACCCGGACAACGGAGGCAAUCACUGCCCGGAGCUGAAGCAGAGGCGGGCCUGUGUGGGCUACCAGGCCGAGAUCUGCAGGAAGAACCUCAUCGACGAGCGACUGCAGGAAACCCGGGAAACAGCCCGUCUGCUGCCUAUUGAGUUUGGGCGCUACCGGACGAUGAAAAAGUACGAUCCUUGGAAGGGACUGUUAAAAAAUCUCUACGACAAAUACUUUAAUGAGAUCUUCAGCAGACCCAGCUACAGUGGUCAGUUUACCAUCCUCUCCACCCACCCCGGCUGUGAGAAGUCCAGUUGGGGCAGCCUGCUAGCGGUCAACACGGACGUCGGCAUGCGGUGUCUGGGACACGGGGUCUACAAAACGGCUACAGUCUGGAAGGCUAUGGAUGUCCAGCACUGCCACGGAACUUGGCAGCUGACCCGAGGUCACUCGCCGGACGUCUGCAGUGAUCAUUUCACAGACAAAGAUAUAUUCAUUUUUAUUUAA